CUGCACGCAGCCGGUACACAACCUCAAAGUGGCAGCGAACUCUCCCCUCCCCUGUGGUUUACUUUCUGUUGGCAAUGUGGUGCAGUCGUGUAGCACUGCGUCAGCUCCAGCGGGCUACUGUCAAGCCGCUGGCACUCACUGGGGCUCCAGUAGGCGUCAUGCAGAGGGACAUGUCAACUCUACCACGGGUGUAUGUCACCCGCCAGAUCCCACCAGAGGGCCUGAGGAUCCUUCACGAAUCUGGACAAGUGCAAUUUGAGCUAUGGGACUCUGAUGACGUACCAGUACCAAGGAAGGAGCUUCUUCAGAAGGUCAAAGGCGUUGAUGCUCUCCUCUGUGUCCUGACCGAGAAGAUUGAUGCCGAACUGUUGGAUGCUGCAGGUCCGAACCUGAAGGUCCUAAGCACCAUGUCUGUGGGCUUUGACCACCUCUCUCUGGAGGAGCUGAAGAGAAGAGGAAUCCGUGUGGGUUACACACCCGACGUUCUGACAGAUGCCGUCGCUGAACUGACUGUAGCUCUGCUGUUAGCAACUUCCAGGAGGCUCAUCGAGGCCACACACGAAGCCAAGACUGGAGGUUGGGGGACAUGGAGAACUCUGUGGCUGUGUGGACAUGAGCUGGCCAACAGCACUGUGGGUAUUUUAGGCCUGGGGAGGAUUGGUGUGGCCAUUGCUGAACGCCUGGCUCCAUUUAAAGUGAAAAAGUUCAUCUACACUGACAUGUGUCCCCGGCCCGAUCUGGCCAGUGACAUUAACGCAGAGUAUGUGUCUUUUGAUGAGCUGGCAAAGCAGUCCGAUUUCCUAUUAGCGUGUUGUGCUUUAACACCUGAAACACAUGAAAUCUGCAACAAGAACCUUUUCUCCAAGAUGAAAAAAAAUUCCAUCUUCAUCAACACAAGCAGGGGCGGCGUGGUGAAUCAAAACGACCUAUAUGAGGCAUUGGCCACUAAUCAGAUUGCUGGCGCGGGAUUAGACGUGACCGUCCCUGAGCCCCUACCAACUGACCAUCCACUGUUCACCCUCAAAAACUGUGUGAUUUUGCCACACAUCGCCAGUGCCUCCUACAGCACCCGUAACGCCAUGUCCAGCCUGGCGGCAAACAACCUCUUGCUUGGCCUCCAGGGUGAACCAAUGCUUAAAGAGCUAAAAUUGUGAGCUGCAACUGUUUCUGCCCAGGAGAACUGGCAAAAAAA